AUGUCGAUCGUGGAAUUACUGAAAAGUGUCGACCAGCUUGCUAAGGCUGUAACGAGCAAAAACAAAGAGUUGGACCAACUUAAAGAGAACUACAAUGCAAAGAUUGAACAAAUGAACCAUUAUCUCAGUAAAAUACAACAACUUGCACUUCCUCAAACUUCAAAUGAUUCUGAAAUCAACGAUGAAGAGUUCUUGGAUAUGGUGAAUAGUUCCCAAUGUUCUAAUUGUAAUCUGAAGCUAGAUACAGAAGAGUACAUCGUGAUACCGAGGGCCCAAUUAAAACAACUAAUUUCAAAUGAUUCACAGUUAAAAGAUGACUUGGCCAAUUUAAAACUCGAUAAUACAAUCAACGAAGAGGAACGACAUUCAGCUAGUAUACCUACUGCCCAUAAAUCUAAGCAAUCCAUAUAUACACCACCAGUCAAAGAAAGGGGGAAUACAAAGAAAAUAUGUUCAUACUGUAAGAAACAAGGACAUACUCGAGCUAAGUGUUUAACGAGACUAAGUACUCCAUUGAAGUGA